CUCGCAUUUGUAGAAGUUUAUGGUUUUUUCAACAUCAGAAAUAAAGCGAACACGUUGAAAAGCACCCUCGGCCGAGAUGUCGUCGGAACAGCCAGCGGAGGAUGAGGUAACCGAGCAACUAAACGUUAACGCCACAGCAGAGCAUGAGCAGGAUAAGGACGAGAUCGGUAGUGUGGACGCUUCGGAGGACGGCGGGAGUGAGGAGUCGUACUUCGUCCGGCCGCGACGCAGAUUUUAUCCGAGUCUUUCGCAAGAACUGGGAGACUUCUAUCUGCCGCAGUUGGUGAACCGUCAGCAGUUUCCGACGCUGCUCGAUGCGGAGCGUUUUGACGAUGAGGAGAUCGCGGAAAUUGCAAUGUUUGACGAAGCAACACCGUUCGGUACAGAGGACGACUUUUCGUUGCGACGGCGCGCGCUGCAGGAAGCUCUGCGUGCGUUGGAAGAAUCGAAGGAAAAGCUUCGCGAGGCAGUUGAGGAUGCCAACCAACUUGGAGACGAAGCAUACGAGCUCGCCCAAGAGUAUACCAGGAUGUUGAGCCGAGUGUGGAACUUCUUGAUGCUAUUCAACGUCGGAGCACUGGUCGUCUUGGGAAUGAUGUCGCUGUUGUUCUUCGCGGGAUUUUGGCGCGGUGGAAUUUGUCGCCAGCUCGGGCACGCUUUUGCAUACCUACUGAUUACUCCGUUGUGUCGUGCAGCGCAUGAGCAGCACCGGCCAGUUCGCAUCUCGGCGCGUACGCGACUAGACAUCGACCUGUUGUGCGUCGCCGUUUCGGCCGGGUUUACUGCCUCUGCGGGUUUGACGUGCGCGGUCUUGUACGGGCACGCUGAAAGCUGGGAGGAUCUCGUCUACCUUGCGGUCAACUUUCGGCUCUCGACCGGCACUUUCGCUGUGUUCCCUGUUAGCUUCUUUCUCGCUGUGGCAAUCUACCGUGUUUAUAGAAGUUGGAAGUACACCACCCUGGACAAAGCGAAUGCGGCGAGUGAGACCGAAGGACAAAACGGUGAGUUCUCAUCGUUCUCGCUGUACGAAGUAUUUUACAGCGCAGUAAACCCCGUUCCUCUGGCGCAAAUCACCGAGGACGGCCGGCGGGUGGUCUACGUUCCGCGCGACCACGACCCGUCAAGCUCUUCUUGAGCGAACGCGAAUCUACUGAUCAACCUGUAACCGACCGCGAAUUUUUCGCGUUAGUGGAGUUAUGAACGCUUUUAUUUUCAAGGAUUUGUCGUAAUAUAUUUAGGUGAAGUUUCUAUGCAUGAAGCCUUAUUGAUCACGACUUCGCACAUUAUGAUAACUAAAGAGGACCAGAAUAUAGAAAAGCACGGGGGCUGGGGCUCUGAGCAGGUAGACAUGCGUCCAAUGGCAAUGCAUGGAGUUUGUUUUUGCGCGUUUGGUUUUGAGUUUCCUUCCGCCCCCAAACCGUAGAUCCGUACAGAGAUGUGUUUCAGCGCGUAUGAUGUUUUGUUGUUAUCACUGAAAUUAGCAAAAAAUUCGAAAAAUUGUACAAGAUCAAAAAGAUUGUCCGAUGGAAAGGAGUGCGAAAAUGUAUUGAAACGUAUUGAUGGUAUGUGGACGACGAAAAUGUCAGUGAAGCCAUGGUAGCUGCAGAAAAUAGAAUUCGAUCGUGGGGAAGCUACGUGGAAAGAAUCCUACGGCAAGUGUUGCACUGACGAAGAUGGCACGAAAUAGAUACUUGUCCACGCAGCGGCGUUAUCGGCUACACUACGAGUACGGUUGGACGAGGCUGCUUCUGCUCCGCCCUCUGUGAACAGCAGAUGGCUUUUCCUUUCCUGCUACGUCCUGAAGUUGGAAGAUCGUUUUCGAGGAUUAAUGAGGCAAAUUACUUCGAACUGAGAGCCGCAUGAGAAUGAUCGUUUUUUUCGCACCAGUAGAU